GCUAUUUUGAUUAAGCUUAGGGAUUUCAAUGAUUCUCCUGAUAAGGCUACAAUCCAAUUUAUACUUACAAAAAAUUUGACCGAUGCUUGGGAAGAAGGGCUGGAAGAAACUGCUUCUGAGGAAACCAUAACUUUAUCAAUUUUAACUGAAAAUCAGAAUGUCAUGGAAGACAUUUAUGUUAAAUGUCAUUCAUCUGCUUAUGAUUAUGAGUCUGGUCGCCAUAAUGAUAAAGAUCAAUUAACUUUUUUCGUCGAUCCAUUAAAUAAACUACGAGAACAAAUCGAUAGAUUUUUAAAGAAACUUU